UCGAGGCGAGCAGCGGAGCCUUGAAAGGGUUCUUAAUGUCCUCUCACAAGCGAGAUCAGCUGAUCGAAUGCACCACCUUGCGGAAUCACGGUGAUACGUGCGCUUGGGUGCUGAACUGAAAGUCGCGUUGUGAUAUUGUGGUUUGCCGUUGAAUCGGCUGGAGCAACACAUCGCCCGCUUCAUUCUGUGUUUACGUCGGUACCGAGUAGACCACGGGCCACCCGAAAAAUUAUGCGACGAUUGGGCAAUCGCGCGCGACUCCAUGCGAGCAGCCAACGUCCAUCAUGUGAAACGAAAUAGUACGUCGUCCGCUUUGCGCUGCUGCUUCCUCGUCAGAAGCACUAUUCUCCAAGCGUUCUCAAGAUGCGGGUACGCUAAGCGCGACCAUAUCUGACGUCGGAAAUCAUGGAAGACUACAAGUUUCUAUUUAAAGUCGUGCUAAUCGGUAACGCCGGUGUUGGGAAGACAUGCCUCGUCCGGAGAUUCACGCAGGGUCUAUUUCCUCCGGGUCAGGGGGCCACCAUUGGCGUCGACUUUCUCAUCAAAACCGUCGAAGUGGACGGCGAGAAAGUGAAAUUGCAGAUAUGGGACACAGCAGGACAGGAACGCUUUCGUUCAAUCACCCAAAGCUACUACCGUAGUGCACAUGCUCUCAUUCUCGUCUAUGACAUCAGCUGCCAGCCAACGUUUGACUGUUUGCCUGACUGGUUAAGAGAAAUAGAACAGUAUGCCAGCCCAAAAGUCUUGCGGGCGUUAGUAGGGAACAAAAUUGACCGUGAAGACCGGGAGAUCCCAACGCACAUUGGUGAAGAGUUUGCUCGCCGGAGUGACAUGUACUUUGUUGAAACAUCGGCCAAGGAGGCUGACAACGUGGACAAGCUGUUCACCGAGAUCGCCGUGCGCCUGACGGCUGAAGCAAGGGCGACUCAUGCCCGAUACUCUGGACGGCCGUCAGCUACUGGCGAUUCAUUGCCAGAUUUGAAGGAAGCUGCAGGAGACAAAGGGGACCAUGCUUGCUGCCGUAUGUUAUGAACAUCCCAUGUCACACACGCAUGCAGUGUGCUGGAACCGCCCUGGUGUUGGGGCAUGUAGUUCAGCUUCUUGGCAGUCGUGGGGCGCUUAUGUAUGUUGGAGGCUCUCAAAUGACUGCAGUAUGGGUGAGUAUAGGGUAGCCACUUUUUGGUGUCAAGUUGCGAGUCAUUCUACUUGAGCUUCGAAGCAUCACUCCUUGGAGAAUAAUUAGGGGCUUUUAGCUUGUACGUAUAUUUCUUUACAUUACCGUGUUACCGAAUACCAGAAGGAACCUGUGCAUGCAUGGGCCUUUACGGAAGUAGACAUUUUACGGAACGUAAACUGUUUGCCAGAUAGCUUUUACGUUUAUAGCCCUAUCUCACAAGUCCACCUUCCUUCAUGGCUACGCGCGAUGUCUGCUUCGCGAAGACUCCAGACGCCUAGUCAAAAUAAGCCGGAGUGCGGAUUGCGAUCACAUUGUUUUGGUUGCUUACUGAAGCUAGAGUGAAAUAGAAUACCGAAGCAAUCAAAACCCUAACGUGCGAGGCUAAAGCCCCCAACAGACUGAAUAAGUGAUGCCGUCUAGUGGGGUCAGAAGGAACCAGGCAAGCACAAAAUGGUUAUUGCAGAAACAUCCUGCAUUUUACUUUUCAUGUAAAUGCCUUAUCGAGGAAUAAUUAUAAACGAAUUGCCUUUUCAACCAUGUUUUUUUCUCAUAAACACUAGGCGAUAACUUUGCAUGAAGCGUCACAAGGUGUUAACACCAUCCUCCAGAAACGCGGCAUUUUUGCACUCUUUGCGUAGUCCUGGAUACUGUACAUGCUAAAAAACCUCUCUUGUGGUUUUGCCCUAGAGAUGAUUCAAUCUCAUUUAAAUCAAAUAUAAUUUCAAUGUAGUUAUUGUAACCAUUUAGUUGUUCGCAUAAACAUAAAGGUACAGGUUUACGUUUGUAUAUAAAUGCUUACGAAUGGGGAGCCAAAGCUUUUCUAAAGUUGCAUCCUGGUAACAGUAUAAAUGCUAUCCGGUAUUUCGGUAACUCGGUAAAAUUAAAAAUAUGUGAAUAAGCUGAACGUCUCUGUACAGGGUUCGAAAAUCUGCUAGGUGCUUAAAAAACUGUUUUAAUUUUCAUGAAAUGUCAGGGUCAGCACUUUACUUACUCAUGUGAUACUGACAGUCUCAAGAGUUAAAGUUCUAAAAACAAUUAAAAUGACUUCUUGAUUCUGGCCAUAAGGAAUAGUCGCUAAAGUUGAAGCUUAUCUUGGUGAAACUCAAAAGAAGCUGUUGUAGUAAUUUUUAGUUCAGGAUGAAAUUGAGGCUUCGACGUACGCCCGUCUGGUCGGCAAGAAUCAUUGAAUAAAAAGGAAGAAAUGCCUACCACAGCAGAAUAAAAGGUAGAAUAACGUUUCGGCACCCAGAACGGGAGCCUUGUUUGCAAGGUCAUUGCGAACAAGGCUCCCUUUCUGGAUGCCGAAACAUCGUUCUACCUUUUAUUCAGUUGUGGUCGGCAUUUUUGCCUUUUUGUUCACUACUUUUUAGUCUUCUUUGCAUGGGCACCUGGAUUUUCUUUAGUACCAAAUGAGCAUAACAAAUGCCUCACUGUCAUUGGACAGCCUCCUUCAGCAGCAUGUGUUACCACUUGUCUCUCCUGAGGUUGGGACUACGCUGCCACAACUAUCUCAUUUUGCUAGUGCUGCCGCCCGUCUGUUUUCGCUCUUUAUGUGUGCACACGUUGCGAUAUUGGAAGUGCGUGAGUAGUGAUGUAGGUGUUUUAAAGUCGACAAAGGAUGCUUGUCAGCCUGCUUCCAUUUUUACCCAUUGCUCUAGGCUCCCCCAUGAGGUUUUCGUGAUUCCAGCUUUUUAGUUUCGAUCUUCAAGGAUCCUUCAUUUCAGUCUCUCAACGACAGGUGAUUAUGUAGCAUCAGCUUAGUGCAUUCAGUUCCCUGCAGCGAUUUUCUGCUUCGAGCUCAAGCUUAUUUACUUUUUGCUGGCUUGAUUGUAGUGAAGGCUUCUUUUUGAUGAAGGAAUUUCAGGAAAAGGUCGCUUAAUUGAAUGAUAAUUUACUCCUAUCACAUCUCAUUUAUCAGUGUAGUAUAGCUACCUGAACUUCCUUAAGCACAUUUGUGUUUUUCUUGCUAGCAUUUUACAUUGCAUCACAUUAGUUUCGUUUCUCCAACAUUUAUGCCCACAAUAUAUUUGUGCUUUGACCUGCUAUCACCAUCGUAAGUGAGGUAAGAUGCUGUUUUUUUUUUUUUUUUUGAUUUUGGGUUUAAUGAAGGAACUCUAUUAAAGUUCAGGCCAGUUUUCUUGUUUCAAGAUGUAGAAAAAAAAAAGGGUGCAAGGCAUCUGGGCAAUGCUGUAUCUAUUGAUUCUUUUGCUCUUGUUUUCGUCGUAGUUUGUUAUCAUCGAAAGAUCAAAUCGGCAGUCUUUGUUCAUUGACUGUUAGUACAUUAUAUCUUGGUUGUGUAUGCAUCACAGGCCCAAACACAUAAAAAAUCAUGUGGGCUAAUACACUCAGCAUCCGACCAUGUUGGGGAGAACUCGCGAGAGGAUCUGAGGGCUAUAUAAAAGGUUGUGUUUUCUCGUUUGUUUUAUAGGCCCGGGUUUUAUUUUGUAAUUUUAAAGGUUUGUGGCUGCUCUAAAAUGCCUUCAUUUCACUAAUGAACCUGAGUGCAUUAGAGCUUCUACUAGUAUACACACACACAUUUCAUGAGUUGUUUAAUUUGUUGGUGGCUUGAGUGAUCACUACAUUUACCUAUUUAGACAGAAGUGCUCAUUUUAUCAUUCUUAUGUUGUUGCAUUAAGAAUAUGCUAGAGCUGAAUUGUGUGCAUAAAUCUGUUGUUUCUUAACAGCCCUGCUGUUGCUUUGCACACCUGCACGGUUUUGUGCUUUUCCAUGACGACUGUUUCUGAGGAACAUGUGGAAGGUUGAUAAACACUCACGAAAAAGGCAUUUCAAAGUUCUUGAGAGGUGGGAACUCUUGCCAGACACUGUUGAGCCAAGGUACAGCAUUGAGGGAUUCUGCAGGGUUUUUUCCUUUAGCACCUGCUCAUGAGCAGAGCAGUAGGAACAGAACGUCCAUACCUUUACUGAGUAAUAGAUGAAAGAGUGUGAGAAAGUGUGAAGGAACUGUGCCUGUAUAAUGUUGACAUAUUUCUUUACAUUGCAAAAAGAACACCACUUUAAGGUGAAUCAAAAAUACAGCCUUUUAUCUUGUGGUAGUCACGAGCGGCAAACAGUGAAGCUUUUCAUUUUACAGAGACAUUACUCAACAGAAUUAGCAAAGCACUGCUUACCAUAUGCUACACUCAUAUUUCACAGACUUAGACAAUACAGGGACUGCACGGAUGUCACUUUUUUUUUAUAGGUGCGCCUCGCUGAGGUGCAAGCAAUGUUACUGGCUUAGCUGCGACACCAAGGAGGAUUAAAACAAAUUUAUUAUCAACCUUGUAGCUGAUCAAGAGGUGCAUUCAACGUUCCAGUGCUCGCACAACUGUUGCAUGCCCUUAACACACUAGCAUUUUUGCAAUGUGUGUUUGGAUAUUGCUAGCAUAUGCCAGUCUGACUGAAACAAACUGUAAACACUCCGCUAAAUAUCCUACAUUGUAGGCGAAAUAACACCGUAGCUUGAUUAUGUUACGAAACAGGAAAUAUUGCUCUAUAAGUACCUCAUUUGCCCCAAUCUCAGUUUAACCUCCCAUUAUACUAGGUAUCGCAUUGCAUUCAAUCUUUAUCAAAAGUGACUUAGAAACAGUUGCUAGAAAUUCUCUUCUUGUACGUUAACUGAUGUGCAUAGGAUGAAAUGUGCAGAAGCAGUGUUGACAUCACAGUGUUGACAUCGGUUCAUCCAAAAAUGGCCACCAACUUGAUCUAAACCACUCUCAUUACACAUGACUCAAACCAAACCUGAAUAUUGCUUCAAAUACUAGCAGACUCAGCCUCGACAUGGCAGACCUACAGAUGAUGAUGCAUCCUCAUUUCUGUUUGUUUUUAGGCAGAGAAAUGUAGAUUUAACUUUUAUGAGUACAAGGAAACUUUUACAGUCUCAAAAUGCAUGGCAGUGCUGGAAAAGAGACUAUUGCACUCGAUAAUGCCGCAUUUAACAAGGAAAACGAAGUGUAGAAAGCAGUUAUUUGUGCCUGGUUUAUUUCUAGAGCUCGGGAGGUAAAUCAAUCGAUUGCAUCUUCUUGCUCAUGAACAAGCUGCUUCCUGCCAUGUAUUGCUGUGGUACUUCUGCUUAGAACUCAUUAUAAUGAAUUAGUUAAAGCUGCUUAGAGUGUGAACUCUGCUUCUGUUGGCUAAGUGAACUUAGCACCCGAGAAGAAUUGUUAAUUGUAACAAGGCUUUGAACAUGACAGUCUAUUUGGCAGCUGUGAUAUUUUUCUUUUUUUGUUGUGUUUGUCAGAAAAUGAAAAAUGAGUUCGCAUCAUGGUAACUUUCUGCCUUAUUUUAAUUGUUUAGCGGGAGUCAUACCAUGCUCAUUGCUGUCAGUCCAAAACUGAAGGCUUGCUUGCUAUUCAGAUCAACUCUUACCAGCAAGCUGUCUGAAAGUCAUAAUUCUUUUUUUGGUGUGGACGUAUACUUACCAUAUUUGCCAAUAUAGAAUAUAGCUGGCUGGUCACGUUAAAGAUGUGUUGUAGGUGUUCUUAAUUAUCUUUUUUUCAAGCUUUGCUUAACGCAUUUACCAGCGUUAUGAAAAGUACAUUCCAUUGUUCUCGGCGUACUUUUUUGCCCCUGUGACUGGCACUUUUGAGGUCUUCCUUUGUUAGUGCUGCUCGUUUAUUAUUGUGCUGCAGUGAUUCGGUUUUGUGUGUGCUACAAGAGUCUGUAUUUGCAAGGUGACCUUUAGCUACAGCCAAUUGCUGCGCAUCAAAAUAGUGUUGUUGUUUUUUUCAGCACAUCUCACACUUGCAUGCAGACUUUUUAGCCGGUGAUGUAUAUAGAUGCCUCCCCCUAUAAAAUAGUUCCUUUGCCACUUUUCGGUUUCCUGGCCUCUACUGCCACUGCACUGUCCACAAAACAAUUUAGUGAUCCAAGUUUAUCGUAUUUAUUUCAAAAGUUGUGAACUUUUAUUUGAUGAAAUAAAUAUUUUAAGUCGCUUAUA